UCCAUCCCUGCACACCCACAUUCAGCCUUACAUCCACCUUAGGACACCCACACCCAUCGCUACACCCCCCCAGGACACCCGUAUCCACCCUGGGACACUGCAUCCAGCCCUGCAUCAACCCAGGACUGCCGAGACUCCCCACAUCCAACACAGCACCUUAUUCGAGACCCCCCCACAUCCAUCCCCACAGUGAUCCAAGACCCACCGCCUCCAGCCCUGCAUUGAUCCGAGUCCCUGCCUUGAACCUCCUCAUCCACCCCUACACCGACCUGGGGCCCCUGGUACCCUCCUCAUCCAGCCCUGCACUGACCCCGGGAUCUCCCAGACCACUGGGAUCCACCCCACUGACCCAGAACACUGCUUCACCCACCUGCACUGACCCAUAGCUACUCAUUCCCAUCCUCAGCACCUCUGCAUCCACCUCCACAUGGACCUGGGACUCUCAGGACCCUCACACCCACCUGAAACUAUUCAUCCCCUUGACCCAGGACCCCCCAUUUCCACCCUCAGGGCUCCCUACAUUCACCCCUACACUGGCCUGGGACCCCCCCUAGCUGCAGCAGCCCCUACACAGGGUAGUAACAUCACACAUGUUACACAAUCACAGAAUAUUCCAGGCUGGAAGGGACCCCCAAAGAUCAUCAAAGCCCAACUCCUGGCCUUGCCCAGGACAGCCACAACAAUGCAGCCCUGUGCCUGAGAGCGCUGCCUAAAUAUUCCAACAUACAUCUCUUUAUCAUCAAUGGAUGAUCUGUACAUGUGAAUAUUCCUAACCAACAGCUCACAAAAAACAAGGCAAGAUUUAAAAUAAAGUGUCACCUUACUAAGGACUGACACUUCUACACUGACAGGAGAAACAACCCAGACCUUACAGACCAGAGAGUACAUCUAUCAGUCAACCAUGGCCUACUUACUGUGCCCCUGUGCUUAAAAAGAGGCAAGCAGAAGCCCCUCCCUCUCCCAAACUACCUUAAUUAGGAAAUCAGCCUGUUAAUUGAUUACCAGAACUAUAAAACUGCUGUAAGUAACACUAACAGUAAAGAGUCAAGAAUAUCAAGGGGUCUUUACAGGAAGGAGCUGAAGGUGAGUAGAAGUAUUUAUUUUCUUAUUCCUUUAUUUUUUAAUAUGCUAAGAGAAGAGGGCUGUAGUCUUUUUAAGGAACACUUCCUUUUUACAGUAAUUGUAAAUCCAGGAGAUAUUUAUUAUUGUUUAACAUGCAUUUAGAGCAAAGAUGGGUUUGGCCCUUCCCUAGCCUACCCUAGUCCCUCAGGAAGGAGUUAAUAGUGAGGGUUAUCCAAUAUAUGAGGCUAAAAGUAAGGAGAGGUGCCCUUCAACCUCUCCCAUCUUAGCUAGAGCCUGGUUUUUGUGCCUCCUUUGCAAAGGAACUCAAUUCUAGCUGAGGUUAGAGGCCCUCUGACUUUAGGAGUGAGGAUAAAAUGCCCUUAUCCCCUGUACAAAGCUAAGAGUAGUGAUAUACAGGCUGAGGUAAAAUAAAUACAACUUCAGGGAGACUCCAUGAUGGCCUCUGAGCAACUAACAGGUUGUGGUGGAACUGUUCUACUGUAAAAGACAGGCUGGGUUCCCUCCUAUGUGUCCUGGAUCCUGCUCAGCCCCUUGCAAGGCUGAGACAGGAUUUUCCCAAGAGUGGUCACACUACUGUAAGUCUGUAAUCCAUUGGUGAACAGGUUUAUCCUGACAGGGUUAUCCUGGUCUCUCUUUAUAAGCCAGGGAGCUGUUGGAUUCUGCACCAUGAUGUCCACCCAGAGGCACAGCACCAGCAUUCUGACCAGAAAGGAAAUCCUAGAAAAGGGGUUCUUGGCCAGCUCCUCCAGCCAUAGCCAUUCUUCUCCUGUUGUGAGUUAUUACAUGGAUGCUAGCAGUGCUUCCAGACCUGACACUUGGGAGCUUCCCGUGGACUUGGACAGCACAGCAAGCGGCAGCUCUCUGUGUGUUGUCAAGCAGGCAGAGUCUCUGAGCAGCUGUGUGAAGACUGAGCUGCACAGCCUGACCCAGGGCGUCUCUGACCUCAGUCUUGUCUGCUUCUGCAAGGCCCACCGUGGCCAGGCCACCCUUGAGCUCUCUGGUUUGCCCUGUGAGCACCCUAGCAGAGAUGGCUGCCUGGGGAAUGUGGCAUCACAGAACACCUCGACACCUUGCAAGAAAGACAAGCACUUCAAACUGCUGGAGACCCUGCCCUUCAAGAGCUCUGAGCUCCUAGGAGACAGCUCCGUGUCAGCACCCAGGUGGGACAUCUCAGCAAUAAAAUCCUUUAUGGAUACCAGCAUGUCCCUUGAUGUGAGCACUGAGGAGUUCUGCUUACUGGGAUGCUCCAAACCAGACACAUCAUCCCUGGAGACCCCUGUGGUGGUUCCUCUGGCUUGGCCUGGUGCCUUCAAGAAGCACCCCAUGCUGAUCCACAGGUCUGCCACCCAGGAGGCCCAGCCGAGUGACCCUGAUGCUGUCCCUGUGUUUCUGCACCAGGCUCUGUGAUGCUGUCCCUGUGUUUCUGCACCAGGCUCUGUGAUGCUGUCCCUGUGUUUCUGCACCAGGCUCUGUGAUGCUGCUGCCCCAGCUCAGGCUGGAGCUGCUGCGUUCCUGCCCCUCC